AUGGCUCUAACUGAAGCAACAGAGAGCCCUGGGCCUGCGGCUACGCUGAAAGAUGCACCAGUUACUUCAGAUGGAGUAACGGAAACAGCAGAAACAGCAGCAGGCCUGGAGGGGGGAACAAAAAACUCAGGUGAAACCCCAAAAGAAGGUGAAACGAAAUCGCACCACUAUAGUGGAGCAUCAAACUUUAGCAAUAAGGAGCGAAUGCAAAGGAUCUUAGAAAGAAGGCGCAGGGCGGAGCAAAAAAUCCAAGAGGCACAUAGUCUGAAAUUCUUAAAUCAUGGCGUUGAUGUUCAAUUGCGAAGUGCUUCGCAAAGUUUUCUUGCAAGGGGACGCGCUGCUUUAGGAAAAUGCUUCACAUUUUGGGUGAGCUGCACAAAAACAGGCACUAGAGGAUCGAAAAAGACAGAGCCCAAUCCUGAAGAAGUUCGAGCAGAGAACAUGGCGGACCAAGCUGAAAAAGAUAUAGAAGCAGAAAUAGACAUUUCUUGGCAGGCAAUAAAAAAGCUGAAAAGUGAAUUCCUGAAAGAAAAAGAGAACAUUAAAGCGACGGGAAACGAAAAACGGAUGAAAACGGAGAAGGAAGACACGAUCAAAACUCAAGACGAAGCCGAAGCAAGUGUCAAGGCAAGCAUUGAACAUCAAAGAACCUUGCAGAACAAGCGUCUCGAGACUCUACCAACUCUCCUAACAGAAGCAGUCGCCCCUAUGUGUCACGAAUCUCCAUGCCCUCCCCCAUCUGCCGCUGCUGAUGGUAGAGAGAGCCAGCCGCCACCGAAGCUGCAGCAAAAGCUGCAACAGCUUGACACCUUAAUGAAGUCUGUGGGUUUGGAGGAACUGCUUCUGAACGAGUUUAAGAACUUGAAAAAAGAUGAGGAGGCUCUUUUUGCUGAAGACGCAAAAAGGAAGGAACAGCAUUUUGUCGAUUGCAUUGCCGAUCAGAAAGAAGAGCUUAAAGCGACUGUGGCUAUCAUGAACGCAGAGUAUGCUUCACUGAAACAACAAGCAGAUGCCGAGCUGUUGCGGCUUGAACAAGUAAUGCUCUCAAAACGAAAAGCAGUCUUGGAGCUGGAAGUACACCUAGAGUCUCUGCUUGCGGCCUACCACCUCAACCAGGAAAAACUGAACUACAACGUUCAGCUCCUGACUGAGCGAAACGCAGCAAAUGCAGCAGCGCUCGCGCAACAUCGUACGAAACUAAACCACUGCAGAGAGGCUCUUACCAAGAUUGCAGCAAGAUUUAGAGAAGUCAGGAAGAAAUAUCUGCUGGAAAACGUGCAAGCAACGACUGAGUGUAGGCGGUUGUGGCAGCAAUACGAAGAGCUCGGAAAGGCAGCUACGCAGAAGAAAAAAGUGGACCAGACCCUUUUCAAGCAACUGUGGAAGCAUCAUGAACAAGAAGUGGCGAAAACCCUAUGA